AUGCAGUUAGUCAUUGUUAGGGGUCAAUCUACUGGCAAAUCCUCGCUGCUGCAAAGCCUAACCGACAUCCCGUUUCCAGUCGAUAGUGGUUGCUGUACUCGCUUUGCUACACGGAUUGUAUCUCGAAGAACAGCUCCUGGCAGUAAAAAUGCCGUCAAGAUCACGAUUGUCGAUCCUGAGGUAACUGAUGUCUUUGACUACCCAUUCAACGACUCUUACAAGGACUACCUUUAUACCAGCGACCACUUGGGGGUUGACGACUUCAAAGAAAUCAUGGACGAGGUACAUUUUCUUUUCUCUAAACUUCCAAUCGCCAGCUUCAAUGUCUUACAAGAUCCUCAGAUAUCUACCAAAUACAUGGGCAUCAGAAGAGGCCAAGGGGUUCACGCGAAGAACUUCGCGACCCAGGUCCUUCGAGUCGAACUCUCAGGCCCGACGCGCUCACAUUUCAGUAUUCUUGAUGUCCCAGGCAUAUUUUCAUACGCUCACGACGUCAAUGAGCAUGAAGAAGAUGGCGUGAAACUAAUGGUCGAGGAAUACAUGAGACAACCAGCUAACAUUGUCAUUUGUGUGGCCGCCGCUACUGCACAUCUUUCUACCCAAGGAAUUUUCAAGAUGGCUGCUAAUUUGGUUGACAAAAGACGUCUUGUGGGCGUCUUUACCAAGUGUGACAGGUUGGAGAAUCCAACUGAGGUGAUUGAAAUUGCCAGCGGACGAGGAAAAGAUUCAGGAAAUUCAAUGCAGGAUGGGUGGUUUGUAGUACGAAACCGGUCUGAAGUUGAUGGCGAUGACUUCGACAUCAAAGAAGCCGAACGUAAACUCUUCUCCCAGCCACCUUGGGAUAAGAUACGAGAAAGUCGACGCGGCUCAAGUAUGCUACAGAAACAUCUCGGAAAUAUUCUCUGUGCCCAGAUCCGCGGCAAUUUCCCUGCUAUCCAGGAAUCUGUUCGAAGGCUUCUUUCGGAAGCCGAAGAGUCCAGGAAGGAACUGGGAGACCCUCGCCCAACUCACAGUCUUCGCCAGCAAUACAUCAGGAGUGUGAUUGAAAGAUAUCACACAAUAGCAGUCAAAACGCUCAAAAGCCCUGGAUCAUUGUCUGAUCCAGCCCUUCGCGUCAGGGGACUAGUGCGAGAGGCGAACGAAAGCUUCACUGAAGAGAUGCAAGCCCGCGGCCACACCCACUUGUUCGAGGAUACGAGUGUUGACCCAAUGACCCAACUCACCGAGGCUGUGUCCUAUUACUCAGCUAUGUUGGCAGGACAUGCGCCUGCACCCAACACCACCGAGCAUGGCGACCAAGAGCAAAUCACUACACUACCUUUGACCCCGCCCACAAAGCGCCACGCCAGUCGUAAGAAACCGACAGCGGCCCCCCAGCUACGUACACCACUUGUGGAGGUUAUUCGCGACCAGCUUCGCAUUUGGCAGACAACUGAGCUACCGGGCCUUGUCAAUACAGACGUCAUCAAGAUUCUCUUCAAGAAACAGUCAGAGAGUUGGCAGCAAGUUGCAGAACGCUACAUUGAUACCAUUGCGACCGACAUUGAGUACGCAUCGAAUGAGAUUCUCAAAGAUGUUUGCUCACCUCGUAGCUGCUCCAGCAUUCUUUAUGGGGAGCUUUCCAGGGUUCUUUCUCAACUUCAGGAACAAGCUAGAAUGAAGGCAAUUCGAGAGCUCAAAGAGCACUGCCGCCGAGAGCGAGAAUCUCAUCUGCAGACAACCGAUCCGCGUUUCCAGGAAAGGUUGCAAGCGCUGCGCACUGUUCGACUUCUCGGGGCUCUUGGGUCCAUUCCAAGCUUCAAAUCGGGCUCCUUCGACUUGGCACACUCGAAGCUGUUGUUCCAGCAUUUCCACCACUCCAUCGAAGGCAACAUGAUCCACGACGUGCAUGAUGUCGUUAAAGUAUACUACGACUUAUCCCUCGAGGCGUUCAUCAGAUAUGUCAUCAAUGACAUUGCCGAAGAUUUCGUAUCCUACUCGGGGGGCGCCCUCAUGGGCCUGUCAACUGACUGGGUGUUCACUCUGAGUGAAGAAGAUGUUCAAAAGAUGGCGCGAGAGGAUGAUGAGAUUUUGGCAAAUCGUGCGCACUUUGAUAGAAUCAUCGAGAGGCUGGAGACCGCGCAUGAAAUUGCUGAAAAGGCCAGGAUUCAGACUAGAGAGCUUGGAGACAUGUAA